AUGAUUUAUCUCUUGUUUCUCAUCUGGAUCGUCGCCAAUUCAAGCCUUGCUCGACAAUAUUAUGACUCGUCUCUAUGUUCAGAGGAUACCAGUAAUCCAGGUUCAAGGUACACCUGCAAUUCAAUCCAACAGUCAUGCAAAACAUUCUUAGUCUACAGAGCCAACCAACAUUUCCAGGUUCAAAACCUGCUGAAUAUCUCUGCCUUGUUUCAGAUGAAAUCUGAUCGUUUGCUUGACUUGAACAAUAUAGCUUCGGCUUCGCAAGUUCUCAAACCAGGUACGGAAGUUCUUGUUCCUAUAAAUUGUCUGUGCUCUGGGGAAUACUUUCAGGCAAGUUUAAGCUACAUAGUCCCUGAGAGGACAUCAAUUGAGGAAAUUGCUUGCGGAGUUUUUGAAGGCCUAUUGAAAUCCUUAACCCUGCUCCAGGAUAAUCCGUCUCAAGAUAAUGAUGUCGAUAUAGGUGUUAGGCUCCAUGUUCCACUGAGAUGUGCCUGUCCUGAUAAUGUUACUAGUGCUAAUGGAGUGAGAUAUCUUGUGACAUAUGCUAUCCUGGAAGGAGAUGCUGCAACCGCACUAAGUGAGAAAUUUGGAAUCUCUCCUGAAGAUAUAUUGGCAGCUAAUCAUUUGGAACCUGAGUCGACUAUUUUUCCUGGCACAACAGUUUUAGUCCCUCUCAAAUCAGAUCCCGUCAUAAAUCUCAAUACCCCAGAUUCUCCACCUCCAACUCCUGGUUUUCUUCCCACCAUCACUGUUGAAAAAACAAAGAAUACGAAAUUGAGGAACUUGUAUAUUGCAGGAUCAGUUGUUGGGUUUUUCCUGGUAGUUGUGGCAUUGCUUGCUUGUGGAUUGUAUGUGAAGGUCUUAAAGAAAUGGAAGGGAGAGAAACUACCGUCUUUUGCUGAUAGAAACUCUAUACCUUCAUUUUCAACAGCUAGAAGCUCUCCUCGAUCUGGCCAAACUGGUAGAAGCUCUCCUCGAUCUGGUCAAAAUGGUAGAAGCUCCACAAAUUCAUGUUUAUCUCCUGAUCUUCUAGCUGGGAUUAAGUUUUCCAUGUACAACUAUGGCAUAGAGGAUAUAAGAAGAGCAACAAAGGACUUCGAUGAAGAUAGCAAGAUUGGAGAGCAAGUCUAUAAGGGGUUGAUUGACAAUGCUGAUGUCAUGAUCAAGCAGAUGAAAUUUGAAGACACCCGCCAGGUUAUAGACAUGCAUUCUAAGAUCAAUCACGUUAACAUUGUAAAUCUCCGUGGUGUUUGUUACAGUGAAAAUGACUUUUCCUGGUCAUAUCUGGUUUUCGAACUCCCUAGCAAUGGCUGCUUGAGGGACUGCUUAUGUAAUCAAUCCAACAGUCUCAGUUGGAGUCAAAGGACUCAAAUAGCUUUCGAUGUUGCAACAGGUCUUCACUAUUUACACUACUGUAUCUUCCCUUCCUAUGCUCACAUGAGUGUAAAUUGCAGAAAUAUUUUCCUGACAUCAAAUUGGAGGGCGAAGCUAGCAAAUAUUGGACCAUCAACUCUUACUGUCAGCUCAUCAAGAAGGAAUGACAACAUCGAUACUGUCAAUGGAUGGGUUGCUCCAGAAUUCCCCGUGCAUGGAUCAGCUUCAGAAAAGGUGGAUAUCUUUGCAUUUGGAGUUGUUUUGCUUGAGCUCAUAUCAGGAAGGGAGGCCACAGAUGGAAAUCUGUUCAAAGAAUCAAUUGGAUUUUUGGGAGGGGGUGCAAGUGAAGGAGGUUGUUUCGAACAACUGAGGAGUUUCAUUGAUCCUUCUCUGAAAGACGAUUAUCUCCUAGCUGAGGCUUUAUGUUUGGCAGUUUUAGCCAAGGCUUGCAUAGAGGAUGACCCUCUCCGUAGGCCAUCAAUGGAUGACAUCCUCAAAGUUCUUGGAAGAAUGGUAUAA